AUGUCCUCCUCCAGCACAGAGGACCUCUAUUCACAGGCGCUUACAUGUAUCAAUAACAAUAAUUACAGCGAGGCUGAGAUUAUACUUGAUAGAAUAUUGCAGAGAGUGGAGGAGGAGUUCGGGCCGGAUCACGCUGAUACAGCGCAGUGCUUGAUGAUGUUCGGCAUGGUGCUUCAAAAAGGAGGGAAGUUGGCAGAAGCAGAGACCAAGUUGAGGAGAUGUUUGGAAAUUCGAAGGGAAUUAUUCGGGGAGGACUCCUCUGUUUUUGGGAUAACUUUGAAUGUUCUCGCAUCGGUAGUAACAGCUCAAGGAGGAGAUAAGCUUCCGGAAGCGGCACGUCUGUGUGAAGAAUGUGUUGAUCAUGCUGAGCGCAUUCUGGGGCAUGUUCAUGCCAACACUGCGAAUGCAUAUCUUCAACUUGGAUAUACCCAGGUGCAGGCAGGAAAGUUUGGAGAGGCUGAGGAAGCUCUGAGGGAGUGUGUGGAGAUACGAACUAGGGUGUUUGGGAGAAACCAUCCGGAGACGAUCAAAGCACUCGGAAUGUACGUUGAAGUGCUCAGGAAGCUGUCACGGUUCGAGGAGGCACAUGAACUUGAAAAGUAG